AUGUCGUCGCCGAGGCGGUCCGAGGCAGCGGAGCAGAUUCUGCUCGUGGGGAAUUUGGAGAGUCGGGUCAGGGAGGAGAUCCUCUACGAGCUCUUCCUGCAGGCUGGCCCAUUAACCAAAGUGACAAUUUGUGAGGACAAAGAAGGAAAACCUAAGUCUUUUGGAUAUGUCUGCUUUAAACACAAAGUAUCAGUGCCUUAUGCAAAAGCUCUGCUGGAUGGAAUCCAUUUGUAUGGAAGACCAAUUACUGUGCAGUAUUGGAGGGAGAGUUCUCACUCACCAGAACUAGACAGUUGUACAGAUGGUUUUGAACACCAUGUUGACUUAGAUUCUCCUCCAGACAGGCAUCAAGAGCUUUCUGGAAAUUGUCCAUUUCCUGUUGCUCCUUUGCCAGUGAACAACAGUUUACUUCACGAUCACCCUGGCUUUCAAGAGGUGAAUCAAACUGCACAAUUCAAGACUACACAGAGUUCUCCUAAACUGGCCAUAUCCAAGUGACUGUCAAGUGCACCAAGCAGGAUGAAAGAAAGAAAAUGGCAAAGCUGUGACAAUGACACUAGUACUGAAGAUAAUAAAAGGAGACAAAGACAGCCUGGCCAAAACCGGAAAAAAAAAAAAAAAGGACACAUUAAUACAUGAAUACUGGAUAAAUAUUUUUUAUUAUUGUAUUUGCUUUAAUCUUUGAACUUUAUUAAAGAAGGAAUGUUCAAGAU